CAUAAGAUAAUAUUUACGGUAGAUGAUUAGGGUAUCUCCAGAAUUUGCCUGACUGUAAUUACAAAAGCUGCGGAGAUUUUUAUUUUAUUUUAAUUUUAUUUUGCUGUGUGCUGUGUUAGUGCGCUUAAACCGUUCUCAAAGUAAGUAAAUAAUAUGUCGAGAAGGAAGAAAAAAAGGGGGAAAUAAUAAAGAAGAAGAAAAAUCAUUACCCUCGUCGUAGGUUGACGUGUUACAUCAGGACCUCCCUACUUCCGGUUCGGCAUAAACACAUUGCUCUGCUCUCUUAAGUUUAAAUCAUGUCUAAAGUAACUUUUAAAAUUACUCUGACGUCGGAUCCUCGGUUACCCUACAAAGUUUUAAGUGUACCUGAAAGCACGCCGUUCACAGCUGUGUUGAAGUUUGCAGCAGAAGAGUUUAAAGUGCCUGCUGCUACCAGUGCCAUUAUUACAAAUGAUGGCAUCGGAAUCAAUCCAGCACAAACAGCAGGAAAUGUUUUCCUCAAACAUGGAUCGGAGCUUCGAAUCAUUCCUCGAGAUCGAGUUGGAUCUGGUAGAUGUUCGACGAGUGUCUGAGCGAUUAGGGAUUAUUCUUCAUCUUGGAUGACAAACAUGCUUGUGUAUUUAUUAUCCAGCUCUGAGGUGUUAAAAUUAGCUCCUUUUAGCAGGAGCAGCAAAGACCCAUCUCAUUCAUCCAGCCAUGUGGACUAACACCCCACCACCACAACUGCCCCUUCCGUGAUUCAUGCUUAUUGGACAGAAGAAUUCCAGUAAAUGUUCAGCUUGUUCAUUAACUCAGAUAACCACAAGUCAUUCGUUCUACUUAGUAGCUAAAGCAUUGGCUUUGGCACAUUAUUCACUUAAUUUUAUACUACAUUCUGUAUGUGAACUGUAUUUCUGACUUGAUGUCUGCAUUGAGUAAGUAGCUUUAUGUCUGAGGUUUGUAACAUUGGUCAGAUUACAUCAAAAUUGUUAUUUUUGUUUUAUUAUAUUUCAGAGCUCCUGGUAAAUGGUCCACUUGUUCUCAAAUCUACAUGAAAUGUUGGCUGUAAUAAAAUUGUAGCACUCUUGCAGAAACAUUCUCUGCUCAAAUUAACAGGUUUUAAGAGAGGAAUAAAAAUAUUAUAAAUGGUUUAA